AUGAGCUCCUCCGGCGAGAAGGAGGCGCCCCGGGGCACCCAUGUAGAGGGCACCACCGACGAGGCUAUUACGAAGGCGCCUCUCCACGACGGCACGAUUUCGAGCGCAGCUGGGAAGGGCCAAGUUGCUACGGACAAAUAUGGCAACCCUCUCAUGGAGUUCGACCCCGUCGCAGUACGGAAGCUCCGGUGGAAGUUGGACUUGCACACAGUCCCUACCGUUGCAUUGCUGUAUCUCUUCUGCUUCAUCGACCGUGCGAAUAUCGGCAAUGCUCGAAUCGCUGGCCUCGAGAAGGACUUGGGCCUGAAGGGUUACGAUUAUAACAUGAUUCUCUCAGUCUUCUACAUCUCGUACAUUCUGUUUGAGAUCCCCCUCAUGAUCCUCUGCAAGUGGGUUGGUCCCGGCUGGUUUCUGCCGACCACCUCCCUGCUCUUCGGCAUCGUCUCCAUCGCAACAGCUUUCUGUGAAACUAAAGCUGCUAUUUGCGGAGUACGUUUCCUGUUGGGCAUUUUUGAGGCUGCCAUGCUUCCUGGAAUCGCGUAUUACCUAUCAAGGUGGUACCAGCGCGCCGAGUUGACAUUCCGACUGAGUCUGUACAUGAUAAUGGCACCUCUCGCCGGUUUCUGUGGUGGGUUGUUAGCGUCUGCUAUCUUGACUCUCGAUCACUUCGGAAGUCUUCACCGGUGGCGGAUGAUCUUCGCGAUCGAAGGCAUCGUGACAAUUGGACUGGCACUCAUCUCAUAUUUCACCUUAACCGACCGUCCGGAAACCGCACGCUGGUUAACUCAAGAAGAGAAAGACCUCUGCAUUGCGCGUGUCAAGUCAGAGCGUGUUGGCACCACGGAGGUCAUCGACGGGAUCGACAAGAAGAAGAUCGUUCGCGGAAUGACCAACCCGGUGACACUUGAAAUCGCCCUUAUUUUCCUCUUUAACAACAUCACCGUUCAAGGCUUGGCCUUCUUCCUGCCGACAAUUGUCAGCAGCAUCUACCCGACCUUCUCAACCGUCCAGAAGCAACUGUACAGCGCACCACCCUAUGCCCUCGGAGCGGUCUUCACGCUGGUGUUUCCCGCAAUCAGUUGGUACCUUGACAGACGCCAAGUACUCAUUGCUCUGAGCGCGCCGAUGGUUAUGGCGGGAUACAUCAUGUUCCUUGCGUCGAACGUUGCUAAGGUCCGUUAUGGUGCCACGUUCUUGAUUGCGGGAGCCGCAACCAUCAUCGGUCCCAUGUCGAAUGCUCAGAUCUCUGCGAACGUUUUGAGUGAUACUUCGAGAAGCAGUGCUAUCGGUAUGAACGUCAUGUUCGGCAACGUCGGAGGUCUUAUCAGCACGUGGUCCUACCUGCCCUGGGACGGUCCGAAUUACCACAUCGGCAACGGUCUCAACCUGGCCUGCGCGAGCAUGAUUCUCAUUGUGGGUUUCUCCGCUUGGUUCUGGAUGAAGUGGGACAACAAGAAGCGCGAGGACCGCAGUAUCGAAGAGGAGUUGGCGGGUAUGUCGGAGCAGGAGAUCCAGGAUCUGGACUGGAAGCACCCUGCUUUCCGGUGGAGGACGUAA